UCGCCAUAUUGCUACUUCACUGCAGUCGAUCAUAUUAUUUUCGUUGCAAUGUUUGUUUUAUGUAUCCAACCAUAGGUGGAGUUAAGUGUUUGUGUAAAGUGAAUCUUAUUCAUUGUUAUAAAUGUAAUGAAUAUAUCGUUUGAAAAAGAAAGUCCUGACCAAUGAGCCAAUAGGGUAAACAAACUCCAAUGACGUAAAGUGAUGUUUCAUUCAUCGUUCUUGACAUAUUCUUAUAUAUAUAGUUACUUCCAAUGCUAGUGCAGUGUGUUGAAUCGUCGAUGUAAUGACAACACGUCUUCGCUUGAAAGCUGUUGAGUGAUAUUGUACUGUACUUACACAAAACGGCAGAUCACGGAAGAGAGAAAGAAAAGAACGUAGGAAAAGAAUGAAGAUUUAAAAUACCUUAAUUUCGUCAAUGUACUUGAACGAUAUUGUACGUUGUUAUCAUAGCAUAUAUUUUACUAUGACUCUGUUUCAUGAGUAAAACCUUCAACACGUUUCAUGCCGCGCUAUUUUCGUACAACUUUCCAUUUAGGUCGCGUGCAUGAAAUACCAUUUACAAUGAAACAAAAGAUCGAGAACAUGAAAGUUAUAUUUUACGCAACUACGUUAAUAAUCGCGAGUAACGUUAUAUGUGGCGCCCGAUACAAUAAAUUACAAUGUAAAGAUGAAAAAGAUGUACCGGUGGAUUGGUACGUGCUUUAUAAGUUACCAAAAGUUCAUACAAGUAGUAAUCCCCUGAUUAGAGAAGGAAUUGCCUAUCUGUACAUAACGAAUGCAACUAUUGAAACUGGUUGGCAAGUGUCUUCUAGGCCCAUCGGUUCGAAUAAUUCCAUCCCUGGAAUUACAUUAGCGCCGCUUUACAAUCAGGAUAACAAGAAUGAAAGCAUAUGGAGUUUAUAUAACGAUAGUCCACCAAAUUCUUCUUAUGCCUGGAGCUUUGGUCACACAAAGGGUGUAGUGAUGGCAAAUAGUGACCAAGGCUUCUGGUUAAUUCACAGCGUUCCAAAUUUCCCUCCAGUUCCUAAAAGUGGUGUGCAAACUCGACGGUUAAAAAGGGAAAAUAUUACUGCCGAUGGGAAAUACAGUUAUCCGGUAAGUGGAACGUUUUACGGACAAAGUUUUUUAUGUAUUUCCCUUGGCAGUGAUCAGUUCGAUAUUAUUGGAGAACAAUUAAUCUACAACGAAAUAGCAGUGUACGCGAAAAAUAUUCCUGAUAUACUCGGUAAACAGUACCCAGUAUUGAAAAAUGCGAUCAAUCAGAAACAUAUCAAAACUCCUCCCUACAACCAUAAAGCUGUAAUAAGAUCUCUAAGAAUGAUUGAAUUCAUUUCGUUUGCUAAGGAUGGAAAAUGGGGUAAAGAUUUAUACGGAGAUUUUGUAGCGCCACAAUUGCAGACAGAUUUAUAUGUUCAGUCAUGGUUGAAUGGUCGAGGCAAGUUACCCUCAAUUUGUACCCGUAGAAAAAUCUACAAUGUUAAAAGCUUCGAAUUCGACGUAGCGAAUGUGAAUUUUGCCAGUAGUCAGGACCAUUCAAAAUGGGCUAUUACAGACACCAAAAAGUCCGCUAAUCGCUGGGUUUGCAUCGGUGAUAUCAAUAGAGCCGAUACACAGUAUUCUCGAGGUGGUGGAAUCGUAUGUUUCAAAGAGGCUCGUUUGUGGACUGAUUAUCGUAAUAUUAUAAAUGACGUAGAGCCUUGUAAUCAUACGUAAAGACUUUGGCAAGAUACAAUGCGUUCAUUUGCCACUGUUUACAAUGAAAGUUACAUACCUGAUAAAACAUUAACGUGUAGAAAAGAUACUAAUAAAAUGUAUACGAUAA